AUGUCUGGCCGAGGUAAAGGUGGAAAAGGCUUAGGGAAAGGAGGAGCUAAAAGGCACCGAAAAGUUCUAAGGGACAACAUCCAGGGAAUCACCAAACCGGCUAUACGACGUCUUGCUCGACGAGGGGGAGUAAAGCGAAUUUCGGGACUAAUUUACGAAGAAACUAGAGGAGUCCUCAAGAUAUUUCUAGAGAACGUCAUCAGAGAUGCUGUUACAUACACAGAACACGCCAAAAGAAAAACUGUUACAGCCAUGGAUGUAGUUUACGCCCUCAAGCGGCAAGGACGAACGUUAUACGGGUUUGGUGGUUGA